UGCAGCCCCUCCCACAGCCUGGCCCUGAGGGAAGGACAGAUGGCCAGAUGGAGGGAGGAGAGCUCCCAGGGCUAGGGCACGGGGUGCACAGCUCUGCCUGUGCCCAGAGCAGGCUCAUGGUGACCCUGGGAUGGGCGUGGGGAGCCUCCCUAUACUGGGGGGGCCAUUCUGAGGCCCCUGGUUCCCUGGAGGCCAGGUUUGCUCAGGUGGGACGGGCACUGUGGCACUGGGCUCCGGGAACAGCACGGCUGGGAUUCGGCUGGGGGCAGGGCGCCUGUACAGCUCUCCGGGCCAGCAGCCGCAGUUUGUGUGGCUUCUCGGACGUGCACCCCCAAACUUCAGCCAGGAAGGAGGCCUCGAGGAAAUCCCCCACCAGCCCGGCUGUCGGGGGCAAUGGCACUGCAGCUCUGGGCCCUGACCCUCCUGGGCCUGGCGGGCAUGGGGUCAAGCCUGCGGCCUGGCAGACUGGACUUCUUCCACAGUGACACAGAGCUGAACCACCUGGCCGUGGACCAGGCUUCCGGCGUGGUGUACGUGGGGGCCGUGAACGCGCUCUACCAGCUGAGUGCCGACCUGCAGCUGGAGCAGAAGGCAAACACAGGCCCGGCCCUGGACAACAAGAAGUGCACGCCGCCCAUCGAGGCGAGCCAGUGCCAUGAGGCCGUGCUGACCGACAACGUGAACCAGCUGCUGCUGCUCGACCCUCCUGGCAGGCGCCUGGUGGAGUGUGGCAGCCUCUUCAAGGGCAUCUGUGCCCUGCGGGCCCUCAGCAACAUCUCCACGCGCCUCUUCUAUGAAGACAGCAGCGGCGAGAAGUCCUUUGUGGCCAGCAAUGACGAGGGCGUGGCCACCGUGGGGCUGGUUAGCGCCACGGGCCCCGGCGGGGAGCGCGUGCUGUUUGUGGGCAAAGGCAACGGGCCGCACGACAAUGGCAUCAUCGUGAGCACCCGCCUGCUGGACCGGGCCGAGGGCAGGGAGGCCUUCGAGGCCUACACGGACCACGCCACCUACAAGGCCGGCUACCUGUCCACCAGCACACAGCAGUUCGUGGCGGCCUUCGAGGACGGCCCCUACGUCUUCUUCGUCUUCAACCAGCAGGACAAGCACCCAGCCCACAACCGCACGCUGCUGGCACGCAUGUGCAGACAGGACCCGUUCUACUACUCCUACCUGGAGGUGGACCUGCAGUGCCACGACCCCAGCGACCCCCAGGCCCCCGCCUUUGGCACCUGUCUGGCGGCCUCCGUGGCCACGCCGGGUGCUGGCAGGGUGCUGUACGCUGUCUUCAGUCGGGAUGGCCGAGGUGGCCACGGAGGGCCCGGGGCAGGCCUCUGCCUCUUCCCACUGGAUGAGGUCCACACCAAGAUGGAGGCCACCCGCAAGGCCUGCUACGCGGGCACACGGGAGGCGGGCCGCAGCGACCUGUUCUACAAGCCCUUCCAUGGCGAGAUCCAGUGCGGCAACCACGGGCUGGAUGCCAGUAAGAACUUCCCAUGUGGCUCGGAGCACCUGCCCUACCCACUGGGCAGCCGUGAUGGACUCACGGCCACAGCUGUGCUGCAGCGCGGGGGCCUGAACCUGACGGCCGUGGUGGUGACCGCUGAGAACAACCACACCGUUGCCUUCCUGGGGACCUCUGACGGCCAGAUCCUCAAGGUGUACCUCGCCCCGGAUGGCACCUCCACCGAGUAUGGCUCCAUCCUCGUGGAGAUCAACAAGAGGAUCAAGCAGGACCUGGUGCUGUCUGGGGAUCUGGCCAGUCUGUACGCCAUGACGCAGGACAAGGUGUUCCGGCUCCCGGUGCAGGAAUGCCUGAGCUACUCUUCCUGCGCGCAGUGCCGCGACUCCCAAGACCCAUACUGCGGCUGGUGUGUCAUCGAGGGACGGUGCACCAGGAGGGCUGAGUGCCCACGGGCCGAGGAGACCGGCCACUGGCUGUGGAGCUGGGACAAGUCCUGUGUGGCCAUCACCGACGCCCAGCCGCAGAAUAUGAGCCGGCGGGCCCAGGGGGAGGUGCAGCUGACUGUCAGCCCCCUCCCCGACUUGAGUGCAGACGACGAGCUGCUGUGCCUCUUCGGCGCGUCACCGCCACACCCUGCCCGCGUGGAAGGUGACACCGUCGUCUGCAACUCCCCGAGCAGCAUCCCCAGCACGAGGCCCGGCGAGGACCACGUGGCCGUGACCAUCCAGCUGCUCUUCAGACAUGGCAACGUCUCCCUCACCUCCCACGAGUACCCGUUCUACGACUGCCGGGAGGCCAUGAGCUUGGUGGAGAAGCUGCCGUGCAUCUCCUGUGCGAGCAACCGCUGGACCUGCCAAUGGGACCUGCGCUACCACGAGUGCCGGGAGGCCUCGCCCAACCCCGAGGACGGCAUCGUGCGCGCCCACAUGGAGGACAACUGCCCACAGUUCCUGAACCCCAGUCCUCUGGUGGUCCCCAUGAAUCACGAGACGGCCGUGACCUUCCAGGGCAAGAACCUGGACACAGUGAAGGGCUCCUCCCUGUACGUGGGCAGCGACCUGUUGAAGUUUGAGGAGCCGGUGACCAUGCAGGAGCCAGGGGUCUUCUUCUUUCAAACCCCGAAGCUGUCCCACGACGCCAAUGAGACCCUGCCCCUGCACCUGUAUGUCAAGUCCUACGGCAAGAACAUCGACAGUCGCCUGCAAGUGACCCUGUACAACUGCUCCUUCGGCCGCAGCGACUGCAGCCUGUGCCUGGCCGCCGACCCUGCCUACAGGUGCGUGUGGUGCGGUGGGCAGGGCAGGUGCGUGUACGAGGCCCUGUGCAGCAACGCCACUUCCGAGUGCCCACCGCCCGUCAUCACCAAGAUCCAGCCUGAGACAGGCCCUCUGGGCGGCGGCAUCCGGGUCACCAUCCACGGGUCAAACCUGGGUAUCAGAGCAGACGACGUGCAGAGGGUCACCGUGGCUGGCCAGGACUGUGUCUUUGAGCCAGAACUGUACUCCGUGUCCACCCGGAUCGUGUGCGUGAUUGGGGCCGCAGAGGCGCCCUGCACCGGGGGUGUCGAAGUAGACGUCAGCGGGAAGCUUGGCCAUUCGCCUCCCAGCGUCCAGUUCACCUACCAGCAGCCCCAGCCCCUCAGCGUCGAGCCCAGGCAGGGGCCGCAGGCAGGCGGCACCACGCUGACCAUCAGUGGCACGCACCUGGACACAGGAUCCGAAGAGGACGUGCGGGUGACCCUCAGUGACGUUCCUUGUAAAGUGACGAAGUUUGGGGCGCAGCUGCAGUGCGUCACCGGCCCCCAGGCGGCUCUGGGCGAGGUGCCCCUUGAGAUCUUCUACGGGGGCUCCCUCGUGCCCAGCCCCGGCGUCUCCUUCACCUACCGGGAGAACCCAGUGCUGCGGGCAUUUGAGCCACUGCGAAGCUUUGUCAGUGGCGGCCGGAGCAUCAACGUCACGGGGCACGGCUUCAGCCUGAUCCAGAAGUUUGCCAUGGUGGUCAUCGCCGAGCCCCUGCAGUCCUGGAGACAGCGGCGGGAGGCCGGACCCCUACACCCCGUGACGGUCACGGGCACGGAAUACGUGUUCCACAACGACACCAAGGUGGUGUUCCUGUCCCCGGCCGUGCCCGAGGAGCCCGAGGCCUACAACCUCACGGUGCUGAUUCAGAUGGACGGGCACCGUGCCCUGCUCAGGACGGAGGCCGGUGCCUUCGAGUACGUGGCCGAUCCCACCUUCGAGAACUUCACAGGUGGCGUUAAGAAGCAGGUCAACAAGCUCAUCCACGCCCGGGGCACCAACCUGAACAAGGCCAUGACGCUGCACGAGGCUGAGGCCUUUGUGGGCGCUGAGCGCUGCGUCAUGAAGACGCUGACCGAGACGGACCUGUACUGUGAACCCCCGGAGGUGCAGCCCCCACCCAAGCGGCGGCAGAAGCGGGACACAGCGCACAACCUGCCUGAGUUCAUUGUGAAGUUUGGCUCCCGCGAGUGGGUGCUGGGCCGUGUGGAGUACGACACGCGUGUGAGUGACGUGCCACUCAGCCUCAUCCUGCCGCUGGUCAUGGUGCCCAUGGUGGCCGUCAUUGCUGUGUCCGUCUACUGCUACUGGAGGAAGAGCCAGCAGGCCGAGCGCGAGUACGAAAAGAUCCGGUCGCAGCUGGAGGGCCUGGAGGAGAGCGUGCGUGACCGCUGCAAGAAGGAGUUCACGGACCUGAUGAUCGAGAUGGAAGACCAGACCAACGACGUCCACGAGGCCGGCAUCCCCGUGCUGGACUACAAGACCUACACCGACCGCGUCUUCUUCCUGCCCUCCAAGGACGGCGACAAGGACGUGAUGAUCACGGGCAAGCUGGACAUCCCCGAGGCCCGGCGGCCCGCCGUGGAGCAGGCCCUCUACCAGUUCUCCAACCUGCUCAACAGCAAGUCCUUCCUCAUCAACUUCAUCCACACCCUGGAGAACCAGCGGGAGUUCUCGGCCCGAGCCAAGGUGUACUUCGCGUCGCUGCUGACGGUGGCGCUGCACGGGAAGCUGGAGUACUACACCGACAUCAUGCGCACGCUCUUCCUGGAGCUCAUGGAGCAGUACGUGGUGGCCAAGAACCCCAAGCUCAUGCUGCGCAGGUCUGAGACGGUGGUGGAGAGGAUGCUGUCCAACUGGAUGUCCAUUUGCUUGUACCAGUACCUUAAGGACAGUGCUGGCGAGCCCCUGUACAAGCUCUUCAAGGCCAUCAAGCACCAGGUGGAGAAGGGCCCUGUGGACGCCGUGCAGAAGAAAGCCAAGUACACGCUGAAUGACACCGGGCUGCUCGGGGACGACGUGGAGUACACGCCCCUGACGGUGAGCGUGAUUGUCCAGGACGAAGGCGUGGAUGCCGUCCCCGUCAAGGUCCUCAACUGCGACACCAUCUCCCAGGUGAAGGAGAAGAUCAUCGACCAGGUGUACCGCACGCAGCCCUGUUCCUGCUGGCCGAAGCCGGACAGCGUGGUGCUCGAGUGGCGUCCGGGGUCCACAGCCCAGAUCCUGUCUGACCUGGACCUGACUUCGCAGCGGGAGGGCCGGUGGAAGCGCAUCAACACGCUGAUGCACUACAAUGUCCGGGACGGGGCCACCCUCAUCCUGUCCAAGGUGGGGGUCUCCCAGCAGCCGGAGGACAGCCAGCAGGACCUCCCCGGGGAGCGCCAUGCCCUCCUGGAAGAGGAGAACCGCGUGUGGCACCUGGUGCGGCCAGCGGAGGAGGUGGACGAGGGCAAGUCCAAGCGCGGCAGCGUGAAGGAUAAGGAGCGCACCAAGGCCAUCACCGAAAUCUACCUGACGCGGCUGCUGUCGGUGAAGGGCACGCUGCAGCAGUUCGUGGACAACUUCUUCCAGAGCGUGCUGGCGCCCCGGCACGCGGUGCCCCCCGCCGUCAAGUACUUCUUUGACUUCCUGGACGAGCAGGCGGAGAAGCAUGACAUCAAGGACGAGGACACCAUUCACAUCUGGAAGACCAAUAGCUUGCCACUCCGGUUUUGGGUGAACAUCCUCAAGAACCCGCACUUCAUCUUUGAUGUGCACGUCCACGAGGUGGUGGACGCCUCGCUGUCGGUCAUCGCGCAGACCUUCAUGGACGCCUGCACGCGCACAGAGCACAAGCUCAGCCGCGACUCUCCCAGCAACAAGCUGCUCUACGCCAAGGAGAUCUCCACCUACAAGAAGAUGGUGGAGGAUUACUACAAGGGGAUCCGGCAGAUGGUGCAGGUCAGCGACCAGGACAUGAACACACACCUGGCAGAGAUCUCCCGGGCCCACACGGACUCGCUGAACACCCUCGUGGCACUGCACCAGCUCUACCAGUACACGCACAAGUACUAUGAUGAGAUCAUCAACGCCUUGGAGGAGGACCCCGCUGCCCAGAAGAUGCAGCUGGCCUUCCGCCUGCAGCAGAUUGCGGCCGCGCUCGAGAACAAGGUCACCGACCUCUGACCUCCCGCCUUCCGCCUGCCUCCUGGCGCAGGGGGCGCCGCAGGCCCCGAGCAAUAUGGCACCGGAGCCUGUACUAGCCCCCGCCCACGGAGCCAGCCCGGGGUCUCUGUGUGAAGACUGAGUGUUUCGCAAACGUGCCUUACGCCGCGCCGGGCCCCUGGGGCAGUCGGGCCUCCGCCUCCCCUCGCACCAGCAGCCGCCUCAGAUGCCCAGGGCCUGGCCUCUGGGUGGGAUCCGAGUCCCUGCAGCCCCGGGGCGAGUGCCCAGACGUGUCUGCCCACUGUCCACGGACAGCAGGAGGAGACACGGAGGACAAGCGGUACGACGCCUUCCUGACCUCACCCUGCCUCCCCAGGGGGCACCCACGUUUGCCGGGCCCCACCUCAAAGGUCACGCUGGACGUCAGACGUCGGGGCCAGGCAGCCAGGAGGAGCCCAGCCGACCUGUCAGACAGGCUGCCCUGGAGGCCCCACCUGGGUCUGGGGGGCUGGGAGCAGCUCCACCAGGACCACCCAUCCCUUUUUUGUAAAUCUUGUUCAUUGUAAAUCAAAUACAGCUGUCUUUUUCACUCUG